AUGUCCGAAAACUAUAUACGCCAGCAAAAUCUCGUCCUUCUGCCUCCCGAGCAGCCGAAGUACGUGCCUCGCGAUUGGGAUGCUAAUAAUCGCCGGCAGAAUUUGUUCUCGCUGGAGCAGCAGGCGCUUGCAGACCGCGUAAUUAAUGAGAGCGACCGAAUUAUUGAUGAAACGAAGCACACGACCGAGGAAAGCAAGGGCGAGGUAGAUUACCGGUUGCGGGAGCGCAUCGAGGACAUCCGGUUCCGGCGGGACGAGCUACAGCAGCAGAAAAAGGAGGCGCACAUCGAGGAGGAAGCGCUCAAGGUGUACAAGCGGCGCACGAUCGACGCCAUCAACACUCUGCGGGAAAUCGCAGUUCCGCUGUGCCAAAAGUGCAUCGCCCUGAGGGAAACGCGCCAGGGAUCGGAUCUCGUCAACGACGAGGUGGAUCAGGAGCUGCGAAAGGAACUCGACGUGACCGAGGGUGGAAUCGCAUUACUGGAAAAAGUGCUCGAGCAGUGCGUGGAGCAGAUCCGGCGGCUGCGAGCUACCAUCUAUCUGCUCGAUCGCGACCUAGCCGACAAGGACCGGUCUAUCAAGAUCGACGCAAAGAACCUCGAGUUGCGCCCAAACCAGCUGGAGCUGAAUGUGUAUGCCGGACGGGUUCCACUAGACCCCUACAACUCAACCGACGAGGAAUGGAUCGCGGUGACAAAUCGGAACAUCGAGGCCACGGCGAAGGAGAUCAACUCAGCCCAACCUUUGCGUUCGUACAUUGAUCAGCUGCUGCUCCAGACGGCCGAGGACAUUCGCACGCAAGUUGAUCGCACGAACGCCGCUUUCCGACAGCGUGUGGCCGAAAUACGCUACACCAAGGUGAAGCUCGAGAACGUCCACAAGGAGACGGUACGUCAAGUGAACGAACUAACCCGCACCGUCACCCGGCUGGAGCGGGAAAUCGCAGAGAAGGAAGGAUACGUAGCUUUGGCUCAGACACGCCUGGCCAACCGGUCCCAGCGGCCCGGCAUUGAGCUUUGCCGAGAUAACGUGUGGGAUGGUUUAAAACAGGAACUGGCUUCGUUGCGAGAAACGAUCGUUAAGCUGGAUGGAAGCCUGGUGAAGGCGAAGGCCACCCUGCGCUAUCUGCUUAACACGCAGGUCAUGCAGGAGGAGGAGAUCAACCUAAAGACACAGUCCUUGCGUAUCGACGAGGUGAAUUGCAUGACUAUGCGCGAGAGCUUCAAAUUCCAAACGUUCUAA